CUUCCUCUCUCUCUAUCUCUCUCUCUUCGUUCAUACUCCGUAGAUCAUAAAUUCCUCAGUCUAUUUCUCUUGAGGCCGGGCACAUAGUGCACUCAAUACAGGCCUUCUUUAAUUCUUGCUGCUUAAAAUCUCAUCUUUUUCCCAUUCACAUAAAAGCCCACAUUUCUGCAGUCAUCUUUUGCCAGUUUGUAAAAGAUUUCACAAACAAGCUCUUCCUUUUUUCUGGCCUGCAUUUAUAGUUUCAGUCAGUCCCGAGGACACCAACCAUCCUCUCAACACUUCGUAACGGCUAUUUAUUCCUCUGGCAUUAAGAACCAGAGAUUUGGGCUUUUCUUGAGCUUUCAGGGCAAAAAGGCGAUUGAUUGAGAAAUGGAGCCACACAGGCAGAGUGAAGAAGCCAUAGUAGCGCCUUCCAUCAUCAACGAAACUCAACAGGUAGAAGAUGAAGGGGGAGUGAUUCAGCAUGAACAGAAGCACAGUUUCAAGGACUUUCUCUGGCAUGGAGGAUCUGUGUAUGAUGCUUGGUUCAGCUGUGCUUCAAAUCAGGUAGCACAGGUUCUUUUAACUUUGCCAUAUUCGUUUUCCCAAAUGGGGAUGCUCUCUGGAAUCAUUCUGCAGAUCUUUUAUGGUGUUCUUGGAAGCUGGACUGCUUACCUGAUCUCUGUGCUCUAUGUGGAGUACAGAACUAGAAAAGAGAAGGAGAAUGUCAGCUUCAAGAACCAUGUUAUCCAGUGGUUUGAAGUGUUGGAUGGAUUGUUGGGGCCAAAAUGGAAAGCAGUUGGACUGGCAUUCAAUUGUACCUUCCUUCUAUUUGGUUCUGUCAUUCAGCUCAUUGCCUGCGCAAGCAAUAUAUACUACAUAAAUGACCGGUUGGACAAGAGAACAUGGACAUACAUAUUUGGGGCGUGUUGUGCAACGACUGUGUUUAUCCCAUCAUUCCACAACUAUAGGAUAUGGUCCUUUCUUGGAUUGGGCAUGACAACAUACACUGCUUGGUAUUUGACCAUUGGUGCCCUUCUUCAUGGCCAGGUUGAAGGCGUUACACAUGGUGGCCCUAAAAAAUUGGUGCUUUAUUUUACUGGUGCCACUAAUAUACUCUACACUUUCGGCGGGCAUGCGGUGACUGUGGAAAUAAUGCAUGCGAUGUGGAAACCGCAAAAGUUCAAGUACAUCUACCUAUUCGCGACGCUCUACGUCUUCACCCUAACCCUCCCAUCGGCCACGGCCAUGUACUGGGCCUUCGGCGACCAGCUUUUGGGCUACUCCAACGCCUUUGCUCUCCUCCCGCGCAACGGCUUCCGCGAUGCGGCCGUCAUUCUCAUGCUCAUCCACCAGUUUAUAACAUUUGGGUUUGCAUGCACGCCAUUGUACUUUGUGUGGGAGAAAGUGAUAGGGGUGCACGACACAAGGAGCAUGUGUUUAAGGGCAGUUGCUAGGUUACCCGUGGUGGUGCCAAUAUGGUUUCUGGCCAUAAUUUUCCCCUUCUUUGGCCCUAUAAACUCAGCUGUGGGGGCACUCCUUGUUAGCUUCACCGUCUACAUCAUCCCUGCCCUUGCACAUAUGGUCACUUACAGAAAGGCAUCGGCCCGGCAGAAUGCAGCAGAGAAACCGCCGUUCUUUCUUCCGAGCUGGACGGCGGUGUACGCGAUGAACACAUUCGUGGUCGUGUGGGUGUUGGUGGUCGGGUUCGGGUUCGGAGGGUGGGCCAGCAUGACUAACUUCAUCAAGCAAGUCGACACAUUCGGCCUAUUCGCGAAAUGUUACCAGUGCAAGCACAAGCCACAGCUCCCUAAUCACCAUACUUAGCUUAUUAAUAUGUUUCAUGUUUCUCACCUUUUGUUUCUUCUCUUUUGUAACAUUUUUUGUUGUUGUUGUUGUGGUUAUUUCU